GCGCCACGUCUUAAGUCACACUUAGGCCCUCCGUCUCAACUGGUUGGGGCGAUCACCGGUUGGCUUAUCGGGCAGUCAAGUCGCCCUCAUUUAUCUCAUCCUCGCUUUGUCUUGGAUCCCUGACUUGCUUUUUCUGCUUUAUAUAUAUCUGGCAGCUUUCUUCUCGAUUCAACUUUCCCCUCUCCUCACGUCUAUUUCGUCUUCAACCAUAGCAUUUGACGAUAACUGUACGCUUUCACGCACGCUUUCACGCGGGGAUCCACCCCGACCGAUAACCUCAUCUUAUCUCUUUCGAGCGUCCAGACUUCGACUAUCGCCUUAACGAUACGGUGUAUACGGUGUUCAAUCCAUGGCUUUUCGUCUCCCACCGCAAGUCCCGCGUCGGCGUCCAUCCUAUACUGCUCCGCAGCCGUCCCCCCUUGAUAUCCCUCAAUCUCUCCCCGAAGUUCGCGAGACCGAGUCUACGGAAUGGGUUCUCUUCUCGCCGUCCCAGCCCUCUAUCACCGCCCGCACUCACACGACCUCUACUGAGCGCACUCCCCGGAGCCCGCGCACUGUGGGAGCGUCGCGCCUCAGCGACUUUGGCUCCCUCGAUACUAAUACAAGGUCGGGACGCGAGCCGGAGAGUGAGGCCGACGGCACGCUCGAUGAGCCGCUCGACGAAGACGGGACAGAGCUCGAUAGUCUCGAUGACGAGCUCCAUGCAUUCGGAGAGCCCUUGCCUGGUCCGGAGUCGGCUCCGCGAUUCGAUAGUCUGCGAGGGGAUCAGGCUCCUGCUCAACUGCCCGCUCACGACGGGUUAGGAAGUUUCCUGGCGUCUAGCCAGACUGUGCAAAACCAGCUGUGGCAGCACGAGCAGUAUAACCCCACACGACGGCCGGAACUGGGGCAUCGGCGCCGCUCAAGCGUGCAGCGUCAUUUGGACGCCAAUGCUGAUCAAGAACAUACCGAUGCUGAUCGAGAGCGGUGGCAGCGGAUCGAACAGUGGAGGAUGGAGCAGAGUCGUGCUCUUCUACAUGAGAUUGAGAAAGCCACUCGACGGCGGCGCAAUAGUCGUUUAAGCGGAUCUAACGUCGAAGCUGUCACGCAAGCUAGCCCUUCAGAUCGCUCAGCCAGCGUUCGAGCGGUGCCCGAGGGGGAACACACACCAUCUGCCGAACCCGAAGUCGAGGAGGAUGAAUCAUUCUGGCAUCGCAUCACGCGCAAGGUCAUACGUGACCUAAUUGGCAUAGACGAUUCCUUACUCUCAGUCAUAUUUGGAGAGGCCUUGCCUGAGUCGGAGGACCAGGAGGACCCUGCGGAGAUGGCUGUGGAAAAGCAAAUAGACGAAAUACUGAACCAGGAAUCAGAGACAGCGACAGGCGGUGAUCCGUGGGAGACUAAGUUGCUUCAACGUAUAGCCCGGGAGCUGGGGACCCUCGUCAACCAGCUUUGCGAGCAUCCAGGAGCAUUCACAACUUACCUCAACAUGGCCAACGACAUCCCUAACCAGUAUGCUGGGAUUCCUCUUGGCAGUUUACCAGAAGAGGACAACCACCCGUCUACGUCUGCAAGGCCCGCCGCGGAAUCUACAAGUAACCUCGAUUCCAUUUCAUCACCACAGUUCAUGCCUACUCUUCAAGAUCCUACUCGCGAGCACGCAGCACAAUGGGGCAUCGAAGACGACGAUUAUCCAAACAGCCCAGCUGAACCAUUAUCUGAGUCCGCUCGCUACCAGCAAGAGAAAGAAUACUGGGAACGCGAGCUCGACAUCAUGAUGGUCUUCCGCUACCUCCGCAACCGCCUUGGUCGCCGGUCAAGCAAUCCCGACGUCCACAGCACCCGUCGACUCCCGCAAGACGCGUCCCGCCGCGCUGCCAUCAUCCGUCAGCAUCACCCGCUUGUUGCGCGAGCCCAUUCGAGGUCACAGACGCAGACGCGUCGGCAAUCACAGUAUUCAGGUUUGACUGGCGUUUCGUCGCCUGUGCUUCGCCAACACCUCCGCCGUCCUAGCUCUAGCUGCGCCAGCCAGAGCGCAAAGAUGUCUGCUAUCUCCAGCCGUCGGACCUUGACCGGUUCGAGCCGCAAUUAUUGGGACAUUGGGGGGAGUGUGGAUAGUGGGAGUGCCAUUGCACCUGCUCCGCCUGGUAUUGGGGCUUGGGGGGAUGUGUAG